UAUUAAUUAGUUGUGGCAGUUGUACAAAAUCCAAUGUUAAGUAAAGUUCUUCUCUAAAGUUUGGAUAUCAUACACCAUAGUCAGAAUUUGACUAUUAAACAUGGGGAAAGGACACGGAGAACACCCUCCGAGAAAGUUUGUUGGUGACCAGUAUUUUUGUGAGGUGUGUAUAUUUGGUUUCAUGGCAGCAAGUAUAUCACUGUCCAGUCUGAGCGCCGGUAUGGAUGAUGGGGGAACAUUUCCCUACCAAUACUUCUUCACUGGAUUUAUUUUAGGAGCUAUCCUUCUCGUGAACCUAAUAUCAAGAAUAUAUGUUGUCAACGCUGUUGAGAAGAAAGGAGUGACCAGAAAGAACAUAAUAAAAAUACUGACGAAAACAACAAUUGGUAAUAUUAUCUGGCCAUGGACCUGCAGAGUUGGAAUGUUAUGGUGUAUUCCUGGUAUACUUCUUACUGCAAUAGGUGGUGUUAAUUGUGGAAUAGAUAAAAAAGAAAAUAACACUGUUGUUGUGAGAAACACUUGCUACUAUGAUAUCGAAGGCGAACGGGGAGAUAUGUACAGAGGCCUUGCAAUUGGCCUGCUUGUUGUGCAUAUAUUUUCAUUUAUUUACUUGCUUUUAAGUAACUGUCCGGUACACACAGUCCUAGAGCAAAUAAAAGAAGAUCCAAAACCUGCCAGAAAUAACACAAAUAGACCUAAUGCACAGCCUUCUACCAACACAACAGCUCCAGCUGCGAGUACAAGUGCUAAUUCGACGAGUGCAAGCGCUAAUACAAAUGGUGCAAGUGCUGCAGGGACAAGAAAUACUAGAGAGUUGGUAGAAACGAUUGAACGACUAGAAACUAGGAUUAGAGAAAUUGAAAACAGGGAAACUACUCGCGUACAAGCGUUUAGUUAUAGUGGAAUUUCUGAACCACCUCCUUACAGUCAGCUUAUGGAAGAAACAUCUAUAGAAAAUAAUUCAAGGACACAUCCUGUUUAAACAUUUCAUUGUUGUGAUAUUCACUUUUGUCUUUGUUCGUUUGAGACUCCCUAUGUAGGAUUUUGCUACCAUAGUAGGCCUCAUCGCACCCAAAUCCUGAGACAUAUCAGGUCCGAUUCUAGUGAAGUUCUUGUAGGACGCCGGAUCCUCAGCAACAAGUUCGUCAAUGAGAGCCUCAUACUGGCCAUGAACAUGUCUUCGUAAAAUCCAAUUUCUGGUCAAACAUCUCCCCUGAUUAAAUAUGUAAUCAUCAAUGAAAAAUGUUGAUCAAUACUGCUUCUCUUUUGAUUUUAAAUUUGGUUGCACAUUUUACAAUUAUAUUAAUUAUCGUGAAUGUUCUGUUUUAAUAAUAUGUAAACAGUUAAUGUUAUUGUCAUUCAAAGCCUUCGGUCUAUGUACAUAUUUGCUCCAAUUUCCCGAUCCAAUGUUUUGUAGAAUAUUAAACUUUUAUAAGGAAAUGGGGAUCAUCCUUUGCAAAAGUAAGUACAUUAUGUACAUUACAUAAAGUAAAUAAAAAGCAUGGAUAAGCAAAUAGAUUACAGAUGUAAAAAUGAAGUUACCUUUAUUUUAUGAUCGGCUAUAAUAUACAAUCUCAAUUCGACAUAAUUUCAGAUAUUAUAUUUAUUAUUUAGUCAGACUGACC